AUGCUACGCGGCAAAUCCCGGCUCAAUGUGGAGUUGCUGGGCUACUCGCCCGGCUUGCUCCUGGAGCACAGGCCGCUGCUGGCAGGGCGCGCGCCGCGGAGCCCUGUGUCGGGUGAGCCUACCCUGUCGCUGAGCGCUUGCUGCCGGCACGGCAACGCCAUGGAGCGACUCGAUAAAUUGGCGCUGAACGCUCUGCAGCCGCCUGAGCUCAGAAAUGAAAGUUCGUUAGCAUCUACCCUGAAGACGCUCCUGUUCUUCACAGCUUUAAUGAUCACUGUACCUAUUGGAUUAUAUUUCACAACCAAAUCUUAUAUAUUUGAAGGUGCCCUUGGGAUGUCCAAUAGGGACAGCUAUUUUUACGCUGCUAUCGUUGCAGUGGUCGCAGUGCAUGUGGUGCUGGCCCUCUUUGUGUAUGUGGCCUGGAAUGAGGGCUCACGACAGUGGCGUGAAGGCAAACAGGAUUAAAGUGAACAUCACCUUUUGAUAACAUUAAGUUGAUUUUUUUAAAUGUUAAAUGCUUCUGGGGCACUUAUGAUUUGAAUAAAGUUGAAAGAAUAUGUUAAAAUAAGUCUUAAGGAGUCAAGUUUGACUAGUAUAAAUUUUGAUCCUUUUAAUACAAUGGUUUGUAUAACAGCUUCAGUUGUGUGAGCCUUUCAUUUGCAAAUGAGAAUUUGGAAAUGUUAAAUUAGUUACAAAUGAACAUGUUAUAUUAAUUACACAUUAUUGUGGGAAGAAUUUGAUUACAACAAAAAAUGUUUUAUAGUAUUAUGACUUACAGUUACUUUUGAGUUUUACUCCUCUGGAUAUAUUAAGAUGUACACAGUGAAGCAAGUCUUACCUUCAUUUUACACUGGAACACUGUCCCUAACUAUCGUGAAAAUACCGGGUCAUUGGAUUCGGGGUUUUAACUUCCUAUGGAAAUUUGCUUAAAUUGUCUACACUGGAAUUAAUCUGAAUGUCACUGAGGAAUUUUGCAUAAGUAUAAUCCCUAGUCAAUAGGAAUCUUUCGUUACAUUAUUUUAUGGGAAAACUAGGCUAAAUUAUACACAUUUAUAUAAAAGGACUUUGGUUUACUGAAGAAUCUAGAAAGCAAAGCAAAGAGCUAGCUGCUCAGACACUCAAGCCCAUUUCGUUCCCAAAGUCGCCUUGCAUGCCAGCUUUGUGCUUUUCAGGCAAGCUUUUAAUGAUGUGCUUUGCUUCCUCAUUCAACAUUGAGUUUAGGCUUUGAUUACAAGGUUUUUGGAAACUCCAUUUAAAAUUGUUCUUCUUACUUUUUUUUCUAUUGUAGUGUAUAUGAUAGGAAUUUACAUUUAAAUGUUCGUUUUUGCAUAUGUUGGGAGUGUAAGCAAUCCUGAAAUCAUUUUUAUCACCCAAGAAGUAUUCUCCUUGGGAUUUCUAGUUUAGUUGUCUUUUUAAGGUCCUUUAUGAUGGGAAAAGGAAAAAAAAACAACUUGUGAUUUUCUUUUGGUAUCCUUAGUCUAUAUUCUUUCCAGCCACUUGAUACUAUUUGUGUGCAAUCUAAAAACAGUCUCACCCAAAUGUUUUUUUUCUUUAUUAUAAAACCAUAAUAUAUGUUCUCUGUAGAAAACUGAAAAAAUGCAUAUUCAGAAAGGAAGAAAAUUAAAAUUCUCCAUUAUGUUGCCACUUGGAAAUAACCACUAUUUUGGUUUAUAUCUUGUGUGCAGUUUUGAAAGCUAUUUCCUAACGCUAGUUUGAUACACACUAAAAGUUUGGUUUAAGUUCACAUUCUGCCAGCUUUACGUGACAACUAUUUGUAUUUUUUCAGAGGAGUGAUUAUUGGGCAUUUUCUCAAAAAGCACAUUCUGCCUUUACUCUUUUUCAAAUUCAAAUUUCCUGUUACUAAUUAUCCUAAUACACUGGCCCUUGCUUAAGUGUCUGCCAUUACUGAUUUGUUUGUUCACCCUUAUUAUUUUUUAUGUUGUGGAACUGGACUAAAGGAAUAGAGAGAUGUUAGGCAUAAAAGUCAAAUAGGCAUUUGUGUUUAAUUAUUGACACAAAUAAAAGGUCAGCAUGAUUAUUAUAGGACUGUUUUAAAUUCUUGCUUAUAGUUAAAUGCUAUCUACAGUUUAAAUGUCUUUAAGGAGUUAUUCUAAAUGUAAAGUGGUGGGUUUUUUUGGUAAAGACUACAAUUUUAGUAUAAUGACAUUUGAGUCAAGGAUAUUUUGUAGUAGAUUUCUAGAUGAUCCCCUCUUAAAAUGCACUGUCAUAUUUAGAAUUGUCCACCUAAUUUCUCUAUAUAAUGCUAAGGUUUUUCUUGUACUUUUCAGAUCUCAUGCUAUUUGUAAAAUAUUAAUGUUCAAUGUUGGAUUAUUUUGUUUGGUCUCAGAUGUUUGCUGAGUAGAUAAUGAUAUGGGUAUAUUUCUGCAAAUAUUUAAACUAGGAAUUCAUGCAAAAACGGUUGUAAUUUCUUCUUGGAAAAAGUACCAAGUGUUUGAAAGUUGAAGUUGGAUACUAGGGCUGAUAUUUAGGACUGUUACAAAAUAGGCUUGUUUUCAAAGCACUUAUUUUUUUUCCUAGGCUUUUAACUGCUAACUGACUAGUUUGCUGCUGUUCUUAAUCAUGUUAAAUAACAUAUUUGACAAAUACAUUUAUUUUUCAAGAUGUCUCACUGCUUUCCUCUUGCACAAUGUAUAUACUUCAAUAUGUAUAGAAAGGAAAGCUACAGUUGAGCCCUUAUAAAUGUUUUAAGGUAGGAAUAUGUUCAUUAUUGUUUGAAAAUUGAUUGUACGAAUAACCUCAGUUAAAAAGUGUAACUUGAAAUGUCAGUCCAAACUACUGAUUUAACCCCAUUUACUGUAACACAUUACUUUCCUCCUCUCCUGUUUUGCCCCCCAGAAUGUAAUCAUUUUUCCCCAUUGUGCUGAAAAAUGAAAAGUCUGCUGUAGAAUGCAUCCGAUGUCAUUAACUCUUCAAAUGAAUACCAUUUUACAUAUUACAGAAUAAUUUGAUUUUUGAGUUGUUAGUGAAGAAAUUUAAACCUGCCAUUUAAAAAACCCUUUGUUUCAUGGGAAUCUAACAAAAAUUGUAAUAAUCAGAAUGUUUUCAUUAUAAAUAUCUCAUCCGUUUUGCCAAAAGGAGGAACCGAUUGACUUGUUUGGUAUUUAUUUUCCAUUUUCAAGUAAAUUUUCUAUAUGCAGUUAGAGUACCCAAGGAGACCGGUAAAAACGGUUAUAUAAGUAAAGAAUACCCAAAGAACAUGAAAGAUAUAUGAAAGAAAGGAUUUAAAUCCUGUUUUAAGUGUAUCUAGUGUUUAUUUCUUAUCUCCAGAUAAGUUCAUGUUUAUUGUUUAAUUCAUGCCCAAAUGAAGUUGUAGACUGUUGUUAGGCCCAUUUGAUAAAUGGUUCAACUAUGGCACAGGUCAGUGGCAGGUUUUUCUGCUGUCAAGUGCUCUGUAUUGUCCACCAGAGUAGUACAGCCAUUAAUUCAUACUCCUGUGUUUAAGAUAAUUUUUACAAGAGCUCAGUGUAAGCAGUGCAUUAACAACUUGACAAGAUUUCAUUUUCCUUUUGUAGGGGGAAAGGAUCACCUUAAAAAAUAAAUUAUUUUCAGGGACUUUGGGACCCUAACGAUAAAUAUUACACAUAGUCUAUGAAUAGUUUAGUUCUUUAGAUAUUCCUUAAAGUGUCUGGAAUUCCUCGACAUCACUCCUGGCCACACUUUCCUUGCCUGUGUUGUUGCUGUGUCUACUAGAAAGUAAUAUCUGCGUUCCUUUUAAGAUGUUCUGUAAAUCAUAUUUGUCAUUUAUACAGACUAGUGUUCCUUUUUCCCACAUUCAGUGAAAUGUCACUGAACAGUAAUAGCAAUAGCUAACAACAUCUGCACAGCACCUUACAGUUUGCAAAGAACGUUCACACAUUCUCAUUUUAGUUUUGCAUAGUGAACCUGUUACGAUAUGUCUCUUGACGUCAGUGCUAAAAGUGUUAGAGUCUUUAAAUCACUAGAGUCAUUGAAUAUGCUGUAGUAUUGAACAGAGCUCGACUAGGGGAGGAUUUAGAUGUACUACAUUUCAAGCCAUGUGUAAUUAUCAAAAUGGGGGACUUUAGCCACUGUGAAUCAGAUUUACUUUUGUAAAUGAUGCUUUUCUAACCAUUAUCUGGAUGGAUUUUGUAUUCAUUAUAUCUAGCCUGUAAUUUGUAUAAAUUUGCCAUCUGUUGUCAUUAAAAAAGUGUCCGUAAUGCCA